AUGCCGCGCGCGGGGCCACGCGGAGCGCACUGGCGCCCGGCGCUGGCGCUGGCGCUGGCGCUGGCGCUGCUCGGGCUGGCGGCGACUCUGGGCGCGUCCCCGACGUCUGGGCAACGCUGGCCGGUGCCCUACAAGCGCUUCUCUUUCCGUCCGAAGACAGAUCCCUACUGUCAAGCUAAGUACACUUUCUGCCCUACUGGCUCACCCAUCCCGGUUAUGAAGGACAAUGACGUCAUCGAAGUCUUAAGACUACAAGCUCCUAUUUGGGAAUUUAAAUAUGGAGACCUCCUGGGACGCUUUAAACUUAUGCACGAUGCCAUUGGAUUCAGGAGUAUGCUGACUGGCAAGAACUACACAGUUGAAUGGUAUGAGCUUUUCCAGCUUGGCAACUGUACGUUUCCCCACCUCCGGCCUGAAAUGAACGCUCCCUUCUGGUGUAACCAAGGGGCAGCCUGCUUUUUUGAAGGAAUUCAGGAUAAACACUGGAAGGAAAACGGGACGUUGUCGCUAGUUGCAACCAUAUCCGGAAACACAUUUAACAAACUAGCCGAGUGGGUGAAGCAGGAUAAUGAAACUGGGAUUUAUUACGAGACAUGGACGGUCCGGGCUGGCCCAGGAAAAGAGGAGCAGACGUGGUUUGAAUCCUACGACUGUUCGAAUUUUGUCUUAAGGACAUAUGAGAAGUUGGCUGAAUUUGGAACAGAAUUCAAGAAGACAGAAACAAACUAUACAAAAAUAUUUCUUUACAGCGGAGAACCUAUUUACUUGGGAAAUGAAACAUCUAUUUUUGGGCCAAAAGGAAACAAGACUCUUGCUUUGGCCAUAAAAAAAUUUUAUGGCCCCUUUAAACCGUAUUCAUCAACCAAAGAUUUUCUGUUGAAUUUCUUGAAAAUUUUUGACACAGUAGUUAUACACAGAGAGUUCUACCUGUUUUAUAACUUUGAGUAUUGGUUUUUACCCAUGAAAUCCCCUUUUGUCAAAAUAACAUACGAGGAAAACCCCUUACCUAGCAGACAGACAUACGACACUUACUGACUUGUGACAGCUUCUACUCUGGCGUUCUCCAGCCACCAGCAUCCAUGUUCUUCCAGGGCUGUGUCUACAUCGGUGUCUUUAUUCACCUUCCCUUCUUAGGGCUCACUGCUGGAAGUGCAGUAUACAGACAUUUCAAGACUCUUGCUAAGAAGCAGAAACCAUAAUUGAAUUGACCCAAGUGAAUGGGUUGUAAUCUUUAUUUUAUUGGAAAUUACUCGAUCUCAGCUAUGGAGAUUCUUUGAUCCCAAGGUUAACAUUUUUCUUGGGCUACUUUUUCUGUUGCAGUAGUGCUGUUUCUUAGUUUAAGGGUUUUUGUUUUGUUUUGCCAUCUAAAGGAUAGCUGUUUCUAUAGUUAUUACAGCCUCGGGGUCCAGGUCUAACUACUUUGUAUUCACAUAACCGUAAAGCCUUAUUUGGACUCUAUUACUGAAGCAGUGACUCUAGACACGGCAAAUACAGUAGAAUUUUUGGCUGUUGUGAAAGAAGCAACUUAAUAGCUCUAGAUUUGUCCUUGUCUCUAAAAUGAUUCAUCUACCAGGAAUAUGAAGACUGGGGGACCUAUGUAGGCAUAGGAGAGCACACUGAGUGUGUGUGUAUAUCUUUUUUUUUUUUCUCCACUGGGACCAAAAGAACACAAACUGUCAUCCUUGAAUUUGCCUGAUGUGUAUUACAGGCCAUCCAUUCGAGCCUUGUAAUCACUGAGACUCUGAACUGACAGACAGUACACAUUGCUUCAGCAGUUCUUCAGAACAGGCCAUGGAGGUAUCUGGCUCCAGCCAUGGCUAGGUGAAGUGUACUUCUGACUUCCUGUUUAUGUCCUCUGGUUUUUCUCCUACCAUCAUCAGAAAGAGUACACUCUUCUGAAAAGGACAGAAUUUUGUCAAGGACCUUUGUCGUUUCACUGUGUUGCUGUUAGAGGCAUGAGACAAGCUCUCAGAGUUCUGUAUUUUGAUCAGUUGAACUCGGUUUGUUUUUUUCCCCCUAUUUAACACUAGCAUGAUGGAAAAAGUCUUUUAAUAUAGAAAUGUGCCAGUUAUUAAUUUCUACCAAAUAGCUGGCUGCUUCUUGAGAGGUUAGUACACUAUUGUUGAACUGUCUUAAGAAGCCUCAGCUUGUAUCUGCUGGCCCAAAUUUUUAAGUCAAAGCUUAGCAAGAUAAAGAGACUUGGAAUUGUGUUCUCACUCAGGAUACACUGGAUGUUUUUCAGCACUCUUCAGAUUGUGGCCUUUAGACCAGUGUCAAUGCACCAAAUGUUGCCAGUCUGUGUUGUUUCUGUUCAGGCUAAUAAAAACAAAAACAAAACAAAAAAAACUUAAGAAAAAAAAACAGGGCUUAGACUUUGUAUCUUUGAACUUAUUUGUCUAGGAAUCUAUUGUUUAAAAGUAUAAACCCCACAAAGCCAAAGAGACCCCAGAUGACUGGACGAUCACACACUGCACUGUUCUGCCUACCCUAAAGAGGUAGACUUGUCCCCAAACAUAAAGGGACCAUAAAGGGGACCAUCUACCACUGCCUCUGGCUUAUCUAUUCACCAUAACAGUGCCUGUACCAACCCAACAAUGUUGCCUCUUUGACCUCAGUGUCUUCAGGAUGUGGUGUUAAGAAUCUUCACAUUACUACUGUAUCUAGAGGCUAAACGCAGGCAACACUAAUCUAUACCAUAUUGAGUUACUGUGAAAAAAGUAGAAUUUCCCAGCUGCCCCGAGGUGACAAGUUGAGGUUUUUGUACCUAGUAUGCCAUUUUAAAUCACAGACUUUGGUUUGUGACAAGGGAGGUGUGGGGCAUGCUCAAGGAACUUGACUUCUAAAAUAAGAUUCUACGGUGUUACAGAGCAUUGUGGGGGCUAUCCCAAAAGCUGGUGUCUGUACAUGGAAUAUGUUCUAGCUGGGCUGCCUUGUCGUGACUCCGUGGAGAUGUAGCAUCUAGCCUCUCGAGACUUGAAGUAGCAG